AUGGCAGACAACGCGAAAAGAUUUUUAGCUUUGUUAAACGGGCUGGCAAAAAGGAACUAUUAUGGACAGACAGAAUUAACAGACGAUGUGUUGAAAGAAGAAGUUUAUCCUGAUAUUUCACAGGAAGACUUUGGUAGGAUUAACUCAAGGACUGCUGGAUUAUUAAAGAGUCUGGUUUCAGCUGAUAUGGAUUUGACCCAACUGGAGGCAUUUCUGACAGCACAGAUGAAGCGUAAAGAUGGGGCAUUAACAGAAGAUCAAGCAGCUGCAGUCAGAAAAUUUUGGAAGGCAAACAAAACGAAAAUUCAUGAUAAAAUUGUGUCUCAGACUAUGUGGGGAAACAGUCUACAGAAAGUUUCUUGGCGUGUUGACCUCAAGUCUCAGUCUCGAACUGUUGAACAAUUAAAUGCUCCUACUGCGAUCAUGGAAUUGCAUAUUGCUGACAAUAUCAACAAAGCAAAGGGAUCUGAAGUUGUGAGAUUUGAGCUUGAUGAAACAAAGGUGGCAGAAUUGCUACACACCAUGCAGGAGAUUGAUACACAGAUAAACAGCUACAUCAAAACAUAA